CAGAGCCCCCGACGCCGGGGCUGCCGGCCUGCGCCCGGCGCCCCUAGCCGCCGCCCUAGCCGCCUCGGACUUCAGGACCAGCGUCGUGCUCAACCACCUGGCCGAGAAGUGGUUCCCGGGCCAGCGCGAGCGGGCGCGGGCGGCCGGCCGGCUCGGGGAGCUGCUGCUCCAGGGCCGCUACCGGGAGGCCCUGGCCGCCGCCAGCGAGGCGCUGCGAGCAGAGCCCAGGGACCUGACUCUGAAAAUUUACCGAGCAGAAUCUUAUGCUGGUCUUCAGGAAUUUAAAGCAGCCAUUGAAGAUUUAAAUGCAGUUCUCUUUCAGCUUCCACAUUGGCCUGAGGUCUACUUCAAGAAAGGGAAAGUUCUCCAGGAUGCUGGCUUUUUAGGUGAUGCCUUACAACUCUUUCUUCAGUGCUUAGCCCUUGAUGAGGAUUUUGCACCUGCAAAGCUACAAGUAGAAAAGAUUUUAUGUGAUUUAUUAUCACCUGAACACUUAAAAGAAGGCCUAAAGGAAUCCUCUUGCAGUCCGUUACCCUGCAUUAAAAGCAAACCUUUUGGUUUUCCAUCAAUAAUGGUUGAGUGCCACUCUCCCAGUGAGCUUAGCUUAAAGCAGACUGAAGAGGUACCAGAGGAGCCUUCAGAGGCUGUUAAAGGAAGCUUGAACCGUGCUCAGUCCACACAGGCUAUCAGUUCCACAGAAGGUCCUGUCAGAGAGGACUGCUUAAAAAGGGUGUCCUCGGAGCCUUUACUCUCUGCUCAGGAUAAAGGUGUUCUGCUGAAAAGAAAGUUGUCUCUCUUAGAGCAAGAUGUGAUUGUGAAUGAAGAUGGAAGAAAUAAGCUUAAAAAACAAGGAGAAAAUCCCAGUGAAGUCUGUAUGUUUUCAUUUGCUUAUGGCGAUGUCCCAGAAGAAUUAAUAGAUGUAUCAGACUUUGAAUGUUCGCUGUGCAUGAGAUUGUUUUUUGAGCCAGUGACAACCCCUUGUGGACAUUCAUUCUGUAAGAAUUGUCUUGAGCGCUGUUUAGAUCAUGCACCGUAUUGUCCUCUUUGCAAAGAAAGCUUAAAAGAGUAUCUAGCAGAUAGGAGGUACUGUGUCACACAGCUGUUGGAAGAAUUAAUAGUGAAGUAUCUGCCUGAUGAACUGUCUGAGAGAAAAAAAAUAUAUGAUGAAGAAACUGCUGAACUCUCACACUUGACCAAGAAUGUUCCAAUAUUUGUUUGCACUAUGGCCUAUCCCACUGUGCCUUGCCCUCUUCAUGUAUUUGAGCCAAGAUACAGGUUGAUGAUUCGAAGAAGUAUACAGACUGGAACGAAGCAGUUUGGGAUGUGUGUUAGUGAUACACAAAAUAGCUUUGCAGAUUAUGGUUGUAUGUUACAAAUUAGAAAUGUUCAUUUUUUACCUGAUGGAAGAUCUGUAGUUGAUACAGUCGGAGGAAAACGGUUUAGGGUUUUAAAAAGGGGAAUGAAAGAUGGAUAUUGUACUGCAGACAUUGAAUAUCUGGAAGAUGUUAAGGUUGAGAAUGAAGAUGAAGUAAAGUGUCUCAGAGAACUUCAUGAUUUGGUUUACUCUCAAGCCUGCAGCUGGUUUCAGAAUUUAAGAGACAGAUUUCGAAGCCAAAUUCUUCAACACUUUGGAUCAAUGCCAGAGAGGGAGGAGAACCUUCAGGCAACUCCGAAUGGACCUGCAUGGUGUUGGUGGCUUCUUGCAGUUCUCCCUGUAGAUCCUCGGUAUCAGCUGUCGGUGUUGUCAAUGAAGUCUUUGGAAGAACGUUUGACAAAAAUACAGCAUAUAUUGACAUAUUUUUCUAGAGACCAAUCUAAAUAAGUAACUGCUUAGAUCUUACUUUGAAGUUACUCUAAUCUGGCUGUUACAGCCAGAUUGUCCGCUGCCUUUGCACAUCCAGUGCUGGUUUGAGAAAUGUAAUGAACCUUUUUUCCUUCAACCUCCUGAACCAUGUGGAUCUGCAGAUGAAUACCUUCAGCUAGGACUUAGACCACUAAAAACUUGCACAGAAAAACACGCAGUGAAUGUGUGUCGAACCUCUACAUUGUGAUAAAGUUGCACUAUGUACCAUAUACUAAAAUGAAUUAAGAACUGUAUGUAUGUACUCUGUGUGUGUGUGUGUGUGUGUGUGUGUGUAUGUAUGUAUGCGUGUCUGGGUAGUAUGUGUGCAUUUUCUCUGGCUUUAAAAUUAAAAAAAAAAAAAAAAAAAAAAAGCCAUAGAGAGCAGAACUUGCCGAGGGUCAUUUAUUGCCUGGUUUACAACAAUAACAAUGUAAGUUUUUGCAAAUUGUAUUUGCCUCAGAUUUCUCUGUCCUAAUGCUUAUAUUUGCACAGGUAUGUAAAAUAUGGUACCAAGUAUCAAUCUUUGUUAGAAAUUCUGCUCUUGCUGAACUGUCUUGACCAUUGACUAUGACACAGUUCCUUAUUUAUGUAAAUACCUGCAUUCCAGCAGCCAGCAGGCUUUGGAUGCAGAACCUAGAGCCAGUUUUCAGGAACAAUUGCAAACCUGACAUGGUACUGUGCAUCUAUUCAUAAAACACUCAAAACUGUGAAAUUAUGGUUUACAUGUAAUUGUACAUAAAGGUAAAUGGAGGACUCAAUUCAGUACCAGUUAGUUUGUACAUUUUAGGGGCUUUUCACAUUAACUGCCCAUCUAUGUAACUUAUAGCUUGACAUGAUGUGUUUAAGAAUUACAUCAUAGGAUACAACCAUUAAGGACCGAGGGAAGAGAAGAAGCUUACUGUAGAACUAAGCUUUUAAAGUUUGUUUUGUUUUUAAUUCUGGUCUUGGUGCAAAUGUGAGUUAUGCCUUAUUCAUAUCACAGUUAGAUCACCAUGCUGUGACAUGGUUUAUCUUCAUGCUGCCCUAGGGACUUUUGUAAUUAUUUGUUGCCAACUUGUGACUGUCUCUAUUAACUUUCUUUUAUGUAAGUAAUUUGUAAAAGUUUCUUAAAUUUUUGCUUUUGCUUAUUUAAUUUUGAAUAAAGCUAAAUUCAUAAUUUUUCUUAAA